GUUAAUGGCGUCAUCGCAGCGCGCCGGUGUUUUUGUUUCUUACAGGAAUGUGGGAUAUGGGAGGGUAAAUACGGAAUAAAAAACCGGUCUGAAUGAACAGAUCGCGGUCUUUCGGUAAGAUUGUUGUUGCGUUUGCGCAACAUUCACCCGUAAUGUUUGGAUUUCACUCGUAUGAUGAGGAAACCUAAAGUUUGGUGAUUCGGGUCUUUUUUAGCCUCUACAGUUCCCCCCUCCAGGUUUUAUGGAGCUAAACAUCAUGUUCUCAGUUAUUAAUAAAUUAUUUAUUCACUAAGAGGAGCUCCAGGUCUCAACAUCCACCAGCAAUGGUGCGGUCAUUGUUGUCCCUGAGUGCGCGGGAGGUGGUCAGUGAUCACUGCUUAUUGGCGCCGUGUUUGAGCUCCAUCCCGUGUGAGCUGUACAGGCCUCUGCUGGAUGCCGCAUUCGCACACUGUCGCCCGCUGGCCAUUGGAGAGCUGGUGCAGCGCUGGCCCGAGCGAACCCUCAGCAUCGGGCGGCAGAGAUCAAGUGACCAUGAGCCACCCAACCGCCUGUGUGUGUCGGCGCUGCUGCUCGCUGUGGUGAGGGGACUGACGGAUAAGAGGUGUUGUCUGCAGGUCCUGGACAUGUGCGGGCUGCAGUGCGAGGACGGCCGCUUGGAGGACUCGAUGGGCGGAUGGUCCCUCACUGUGGCUCUGUGCUCUAUGCUGCUGCAAGCCAGAAACAUCACCGCCGCCAUCAGGGGGUGCAGACGAGACAAGCAAGACAAAAAAAAAAGGGCGACGGGGACCGAGCGGGAUGGUGCGGUGAAACGAGACCGAGCCGGCCUGAAGAAGGAAGAGGUAGAGAAGAUGGAUUGUUCGGAAAAUGCAGCACGUGAACAGGACAGCACAAAGGGUGUGAGAAGGAAGAUGGAGCUGCAGAGGAGAACUGAAGCUGAGCCAGAGCAGGUUCACAGCAGAGAUGUUCUGGUGAAUGUCAGGGCCGAUCUUUUUGUGAACGCCCGUUCCUGGGAGCGAGUUCGUAGGGCCAUGUGCCUCUCCGGACCUCUGCGCCUUCACUGCCGCUUCCUGCGUGUGGAGGAGCUGCCUGCAUCCUCGAUUGUCUCCCUGCUGCACCUGAUACCCCAGGAGGAGCUCCUCGGCCUGGAUGUGCGCUACUCCAGCCUGGGGGUGUCAGGGUUAGCAUUGCUGUUACCCCAGUUAGCACCAUUUCCUCAACUCUGCUCGCUCCGACUGCAUUACUGCAACCUGGACAUGCUGCGCGCUCGGCCCGGCCAACAGGAGGCGCUGCAGGACCUGUCUAAAGGGCUUGGAGACUUGAAGAGUCUACGCAGGCUCAGUCUGACUGCUCUGCGUCUGCCAGGGCACCUCCGCCUGCUGCUCAGUUCUCUAUCUGAGCCGCUGGAGGCGCUGGAGCUGCCGUACCUCAGCCUGACCUCUGGUGACAUGGCAUACCUCUCACGCAGCCCUCACGCAUCCUCCCUCGCCGAGCUGGACUUGAGUGAGAACAGACUGGACGAGUCGUCUCUGCACUCCCUGCGUCACCUUCUCGACCAGGCUGAACUCUCUCUGACGCGCCUCUCUCUCUGCGGCUGCGGACUCUCGGAUGGCUCCCUGAGGGUGCUGCUGCCCUCCUUGGGGCAGUGCAAUGCUCUCCGUAGCCUUCGCUUGGCUCUGAAUCCGCUCUCCAGAGCGGCGUUAGUGGGGUUAGCGUGGGCUGCGGCAGGAAUCCACUCCCUGAAGCUCCUCCUCUACCCGAACCCACUGGAGGAGUACGAGCCUGGUCUGCCCUCCAUGCCUUCAAGUGCACAGCUCCUCGACUGGCCUUUGAUCGAGGACUCAGGGGCCAAAGAGCUCACUGUGGCGCAGCUGGACGAGGUUUUGAGGGCCAAAGGGCGAACGCAGGACCUUUUACUGACCUCCAACCUUUUGAAAUAUAGCACUGACCUAGAGAUGGAUGAUUAAUGGGUUACAGGGAUAGUUCUCCUUGAAAAAUGGCAUUGAAAACUUUAUUUAAGGAGGCUAAUAUAGCUAACAAGUAAUGGAAGCUUAUAGCUUCCAGUUUAGCACAACGAUUCCAGGCUUAUGUGCACACACUUUAUUGUUAUGUAUUUUUUGUUCACUUUUAAAUACCAUGUCAAAGUCUCAUGGAAUGCUAAAUUGGUAGCUUUAAGCUAAUAUAUUAGCCUCAUAUCUCCAUUGCUGAUCGAUAGCAAUAAACAUGCCUACAUUUGACUGCA